AUGUCUUUCUAUCUGGCCAAAGUUCCCGCCGGUCAGAGCGCGAAGACUUUCACCGGCGACGGCAAUGUGUGGUUCAAGAUUUGGCACGAGCAGCCGACUUUUGGCUCGCAGCUCACUUGGCCUAGCAUGAACAAGGCGUCUAUGACAGUUACCAUUCCCAAGUGCAUCGCAUCAGGAGAUUACCUCCUGCGAGCGGAACAUAUUGGUCUACACGUGGCUCAGUCAAAGGGAGGCGCUCAAUUCUACCUCUCUUGUGCACAGUUGACGAUAUCUGGCGGUGGGAGCACAGAACCGCCAAACAAGGUUGCCUUUCCUGGCGCGUACUCGGCUACAGACCCGGGCAUCCUUAUCAACAUCAAUUAUCCAGUGCCGACCUCCUACAAAAAUCCCGGUCCCGAUGUAUUCACUUGCUAA